AUGCCGCUCUUCCUCAUGCAUGAUGAAGAAAUCACCCCCUACAUACAACAACAGGGCAAAGACCUCCUUACCCAGUUAGACCUCGCCCACACCCAACGCACUCUGGAACUUAACCCGCAGACACUCUGGGCAUUUUUAAAAAAGGAAGUUGUAUCAAAAAUCCGCAAACAAGCCCGUACAGCCAUCUCCAAAAUGGAGGCCAAAACCAGAAACCUACGCAUCCAGCAAAACACAAUCCUGGCACAACCAGACAUCAAAACAAACCCUGACAGCCAACAUGAGACCAGCCUGCUACUAAAUUACAUUAGCGACCUCAAACGCCAAAGAAACGACUGCAACCACAAAAUAUCCUCAGCCCAAUACAGAAUAAUGGGUGAAACUGUAAGUUGCUACUGGUCUUCAGUUGCACACAAACUGAAACCAUGCAACAUAAUAUACUCCCUAGAAUGCCUGAACAACCCACACCAGAAAACCCACUCUGACCACAUGGCAGAACUUGCUCGUGACUACCACGAUAAGGUACAAACAGACUCUGAAGAACUUAGCUUUGCCUCACUCACUCUAGCCACCUGCACAGCCACACAAGCCGUCGACCAUCGCCUAUCUAAUGACACAUCCGAACUCCUAUCUGACCUUUUAACAUACCAAGACAUAGCAUCAGCUCUCAACAGCCUCUGGCAAAGCACCAGACCUUGA